GCCACUGACAUGCCUCUCGGAAAAGCACACGGAACCUCGCUGAAAUUUGUACGUGAACUUGCUCUCGUAUAUCGAUAAGAGUACAAAAUCGGAGCUAUAGCAAAGAAGAUUAAAACCCACCUUUUAUGUAAUGGAUUAAUUUUUUUUUUGUCGAUUGAUCGACAAAACUUUAUCGGUACUUCCAGAGGCUUUUGGCUUUGUCUGGCUAACGUAACGAGGUCAGGGGUACAUUCUCAAGGCUACUGCUGCAGGCCAUAUACUGAUGGAAACACACUGCCGGAGGCACCACAGGGGUGCUUUUGAGAAUGUCCUAAAGACAAGUUUUUAAAAAACACAAUCACCCAGAGAACUAUUGAGGACUAGAACGUUCAAUACGUGUUGUUUUUCUUUUUUUGGCCCGAAGUGUGUUGGCUCAGUUAAUACAUUCUCAGAAAAACAAGAAGAGUAACCAAUUGGUGGGACCUGCCCGAACAAGUUAUUCACACAGUGUUUAUUUUCUAAAGAAAUAACAGCCCUGUGGAAAAUAAGUAAUCACGAUGGCUGCGGAAGGAUAUCAGUACAGGGCACUUUACGACUACAAGAAGGAGAGAGAGGAAGACAUUAACCUCCAUGUGGGGGACAUCUUAACAGUGACCAAAGGGGCCCUGGGGGCUCUCGGGUACAGCGACGGCCUGGAGGAAAGGCCCGAGGACAUUGGCUGGCUGCCUGGCUUCAAUGAAACCACUCAGGAAAAGGGGGACUUCCCUGGGACAUAUGUGGAGUUCAUUGGGAAGAAGAGGAUCUCUCCUCCCACUCCCAAGCCGAGACCCCCCAGACCCUUACCCAUGGCCCCGGGCUCUUCCAAGGCUGACUCUGGUGAUGAACAAGGCUCAGCCCUACUGGACCUGACAGAGCAGUUUUCCCUCCCGGAGACGGCUCCCCCCAUGCUUGCCAGGCUGCUGGAGGCCAUUGAGAAGAAAGGUCUGGACAAUCCAACUCUGUACAGGACCUUCACAGCCGGUGGUGGACUAGAUGUCAGACAGUGCUUUGAAACUGAUCCUCCCUCAGCAGACCUGGACCAGAUGGACCUGCAGAUGUUGUGUGACGGUCUGAGUCGGUACCUGCAGGACCUUCCCCAGCCUGUCAUCCUACCGGCCAUUUACACUCAGCUGGUCCACACCGCCCAAGAGGUGCAGAGCCCUGAGGAGUGUGCCCAGCAGCUGCGUCACAUCGCCAGCGCACCCAGCCUUCCGGCCCAGUACUGGCUCACCUUCCACUGCCUGCUGCGCCACUGGUCCCGGGUGUGUCACAAUGCACCCAAGAACCUGCUCAGCUCCCGCAUGCUCGGUGAGAUCUUCAGCCCGGUGCUCUUCAGACAGCAGGCUGCCAGCUGUGAGCCCAGCCCAGAUGCUCACAUCAAGAUCAUCCAGACCCUUGUGACCAGCGAAUGGACAGAAGCCCAGGCUGCUCCAGCCCUACCUCCCAAGCCGCCCAAACCCACAGCCCCUGCUGUCACUAACAACGGUAUGAACAACAACAUGGCGCUGCAGGACGGCGAAUGGUACUGGGGAGACAUCUCCCGCGAGGAGGUCAACGAGAAGCUGAGGGACACGGCCGACGGUACGUUCUUGGUCCGUGAUGCCUCCACCAAGAUGCACGGCGACUACACGCUCACGUUGAGAAAAGGGGGUAACAAUAAGCUGAUCAAGAUAUUCCACCGGGAUGGGAAAUAUGGCUUUUCGGACCCCCUGACCUUCAACUCAGUGGUGGAGCUCAUCAACCACUACCGCAACGAGUCGCUGGCCCAAUACAACCCCAAGCUCGACGUCAAGCUGCAGUUCCCCGUCUCCAAACACCAGCAGGAUCAGGUGGUGAAGGAGGACAACAUCGAGGCUGUGGGGAAGAAGCUCCAUGAGUACCACCAGCAGUACCAGGAGAAAAACCGAGAGUACGACCGCCUCUACGAGGAGUACACCAGGACGUCCCAGGAAAUCCAAAUGAAGAGGACAGCGAUCGAAGCCUUCAACGAAACCAUCAAGAUCUUCGAGGAGCAGUGCCAAACGCAAGAGCGGUACAGCAAAGAGUACAUUGAAAAGUUCAGGAGGGAAGGCAAUGACAAGGAGAUCCAGAGGAUCAUGGGCAACUAUGAGAAGCUGAAGUCUCGUAUCAGUGAGAUCGUGGACAGCAAGCGGCGUCUGGAGGAGGAUCUGAAGAAGCAGGCCGCUGACUACCGAGAGAUCGACAAACGGAUGAACAGCAUCAAGCCCGACCUCAUCCAGCUCCGCAAGACCAGGGAUCAGUACCUCAUGUGGUUGACCCAGAAGGGUGUCAGGCAGAAGAAGCUCAACGAGUGGCUGGAAAUCAAGAACGAGAACACGGAAGAUCAAUACUCUAUGGUGGAUGACGAUGAGGACCUCCCACACCACGACGAGCGCUCCUGGAAGCUGGGCAACAUCAACCGUCUGCAGGCUGAGGCCCUCCUCCGGGGGAAGAGGGACGGAACAUUCCUGGUCCGAGACAGCAGCAAGGCAGGAUGCUACGCCUGCAGUGUUGUUGUGGAAGGUGAGGUGAAGCACUGUGUCAUCAACAAGACGCCCUCAGGGUUUGGCUUCGCCGAACCUUACAACCUGUACAACUCGCUCAAAGAACUGGUCCUCCACUAUCAGCACACGUCACUGGUCCAGCACAAUGACUCUCUGAAUGUUACGCUAGCGCACCCCGUCUACGCACAGCAGAAGCGGUGAGGACCCUCCUGGCCAUUCAGUUGGGCAAAAACAUGAGACUUGUUUUCCUAAAAAUGUAUAUUUAUAUAUUGUGCUCGGACUUUGGACUCAAAGAUUUUUAAAAAUAAUAAUAAUUAAAAACUAGGCCCGUGUCUUGCCUACUAACAGACGUUUGACCCACGAGAGAGGAAAGGACUAAAGAGACUAACGCAAAACGAAGCCUGAAAACAUUUCAGUGACUGUGAACUGACUGUGAACAGUGGCGAGAGCCUGAAUGUAGUUUUGUCUCUCGUGCGUAUUGUGGGAGCGCGGUGAAACUGCGUGAAACUGCUGAACUCUCUCCCCAGCGGAGGACAUUGGAGGCCUUUUCCUAAUGGUGCUUGUUCUUUUCAAAGCUUUACCAGCUGGAAUGUCAAAACGCAGAUAAAACUUGAGUGCAUCAUUUUAUUUUUAUUUUUUUUCCCUUGCGUUUUUACUUUCAAGUCUAUCCCCCUGCGGGUGUCUGUGUGUGUGUCCAUGUGACCAAAACUCACAGUAUCUGAAAGCUGUUGGGUGUCUAACACACGUGUGUGUGUGUGUGUGUGUGUGUGUGUGUGUGUGUGUGUGUGUGUGUGUGUGUGUGUGUGUGUGUGUGUGUGUGUGUGUAAGUGUUCAAUGACAGACCAUGGAUCAGCUGAUAAAUGUAGCAAAAUGGCACUUUUGACAAAAAAUCGUUUUCUUGGAAAGACUCCUACGGACUUACAGUGCAGAGACUCUAAACUGUUCUGUGGAUGAGUGAAAAUAUGAACAGACUUGAAAUGGAAAUACUUCAUUAUGUAUAUAUACAGAGGGGAACGUCAGUACACAGCAAACCUACCGCACCAUACCAAAAAAAAAGCUCAGUUACUGUUCAGUUAUGUCCUAAUCUGCUAUGCAAUUAUGUAUCUCCCUUAUUUCUACAAAGUUGUUUUUAUGCUGUUGCAAACCCAUAAUAUAAGCUUGUUUUUAAUGCUUGAGAAAGUUUAUUUCCCAUGUAAAUAUCCAAGAGGAUAUUUUGUGUCAAAAUGCCACGAUAAAAACUGCUUCAGAUUUUUAAGAAAGUAAAUAAUAGUAACAUAUACUUUAUUACAAAUGACUCUAUCAGCAAUGAAUAUAAAGAUGGAAAAGAUGAGUAUUUUAUUAGUACUUUUUUUUUUGCUUCAAACUGAUGUUCUCAGGCAGAGCCUUUUGAGUAUUUGACAGUUGCUUCAGUCACAAGAAAUAUUUCUAACAUAGCCAUGUGUUUUUAGGUCUUUGUCGAAACAACGGUAGCAUCCCGAGUGGCACUCUAUUCCUUAUAGUAUACAGGGGAUAGUGUGCCAUUUUAGAAUGAGGGGAAUAUUUGUUGAUUCCUGCAAUCAUAAUGGUGCAUGUUGUACUCACCUUUUCAACCAUCUCCAUGGAAACAACAGUAUAGAUUUAUUUUGUUAUAUAACCUUUACCCCAAGGAAAUCAGAGCAAAUCGGUGUCUUGAAAUGAUGGAAAUUGUUAUUAAAAAGAUCAAUUGGGAGACAUUUUAUCUUCCCCUAUG